ACCAUGCACACAUAAAACCCCUUUGCUAUUGCGUAUCCUGUUGAAUAAACAGAACGAAAAAAGAACAAACGGCGCUGCAUUUCACCUUUCUCUCCGGCGGCGGCGGCGGCGGCGCAACUCUUCUCUCCGGAAACUACCUUCCUAGUUAUAAUUGUUCAAAUAUCUGCAGUCACUUCAUAUCUCAAAUCAAUCCUAUAUUUUGUUAGCUCCAAACCAUUAACGCUCCAUUUUCUCCCUCAAUGGCUUAUUCCCGUGGUCGCGAUUUCUUGUUCUGUAACUUGUGCGGAACAAUGCUCCAGGUUUCUUCAACAGAAUACGCAAGAUGCCCCUUGUGCAAAACCAAACGGAACAUAAAAGAUGUUAAAGGGAAGGAAAUAAGUUACACAAUUUCUGCCGAGGAUAUCAGAAAAGAACUUGGAAUUGAUUUACUCGAAGAACAGACGGUGCAAUUGUCCAAGGUCAACAAGACAUGUGAAAAAUGUGGUCACGGUGAAGCUGCCUUUUAUACCAGACAGAUGAGAUCAGCGGAUGAAGGUCAAACUACUUUUUAUACAUGCACCCGCUGCAGUCAUCAGUUUCAGGAAAAUUAAGUUGAAACUGUGUACGGACAGUUUGUCUGAUUUCUUUACUUUCCUUUUGUCCCCUUGGCUGAAAUCUGCCCCAUCUUUCACCAAACCUUAAUUUGAAGACAACUUUGUAUGUGCAAGUAGAAGUUUUGAUCCUAUGUAGCUUGUAUAAUGCCUGAAAAAAUAUAAUCGACACAUGACAGUUAUUUUUUUGGUGUUAAGCUGCUGAGUGCACAGAAACUGCCUUUAUACUAUGUUUUUCCCACCAAUUUUUGUUUUGUUUUCCUGAUUUUAGUCUGGUGUUUUCUAUCGCUUGUACUAAUUUAUCUACAACUUUGUGCCUCUUAGCUCCUCAUUUUUUCCUUCUAUCCAUAGAUUCCCUCCACCGGAGGUGAUUUUAUUUGAGAUGUGUCAGACAAUACUAGAAUGCAAACUUUGAUUUGCUACUUUGUGGGAGUCUGACUCCUUCGGCUAGAUUGAAUCACCAUGAUAUAAUUUUACA